ACUUACAGAUAGCGUAGCGUGGUGAAGUGUCCCAUAGCCUGCCUGUCUCUCUGCUUGCUAUUCAGGGGCUGUGUCCCCCUCGCUCUCUUCAGCUGGAGCCUGUGCCAGUGCCGUCCCAGACCAGAUACUGCAGUCUCUCCACAACUCUGCUUACUCCAGCCCCUGACCUUCACAGCAGACAUGCAAGCCUGCAUAACCAGGUCGUACCUCACACCUGCGCGCGAUGAGGAGGCGGAGUCUCAGAGGAAGGCGCGGUCGAGACAGGCGCGGCAAACACGGAGGUCAACACAGGGGGUGACUCUGGCAGACCUCCGAGAGGCUGAGAAGACGUUUGGCUGCCCCCGAGUGGAGAGGAGAGGGGCAGAGCAGGACAGGCAGGAGGAGGAGAAGAAGGUCCCAAAAUCCCUGCUGCUGCCUCCGAGGGAUCCAGGAGAGCACAGCCCCCAGUGGACCAGGGGUCAGGAGGAGUUUGGUUACCGGCGAUCACUAUUUGGGUCCCAGGCAGAGAGUCCGACCACGCCCCUGGCAUCACCCUCUGCGAGUGGCUGCUUUCUCUUCCCUGGCACAGCGCUGACCAAUAGGCUUGCAGGAGGUGGCUCCGCCUCCCAGUCAUCAUCCAGAGGGCUGGGUAGGGAGGUGGAAAGGAGUGGAUCUGACAAGAGAGGAGCAGAGGAGAAUGGUUUAAAUGACCAGUCAGAACUCCAGCAAUCCCUGCAAGAGAGGCGGCAAUCCAGAGACCACAGCCAAGCAACCGGUGUCUCCUGCGGGAGACAAGAGCAUGAUAGAACAUCUAGGUCAGACUCCUCUGGCACUGGCGACAGCGUCACAGACCGUCUCCUGAGCCGCACCAGCUCCUAUACCCGCCGCGAGAACCGACUGGCAUCCCUGGGCAAAGCUGAGGAAGAGGGCAGUGCCAAGGACUUCAAGAAGAUGUACGAAGAUGCCUUGACAGAAAACGUGAAGCUGAAAUCCAAACUGGAAGAAAGCAAAGAGGAGCUGGGCAGGAUCAGGACCCAGCUGGACAAAGUAGCACAGAAACAGAACAAAAUAUCAGAAAAGUCCACUGUGCUUGAGACAGAGAAAAAGGAAAAGCGUGUGCUGGAGAGGAAGGUCUCUCAGAUGGAAGAAGAAUUGAAGGUUUUAAAUGACUUCAAGUCUGACAACCAGAGGCUCAAAGACGAGAACGGAGCCUUGAUCCGCGUCAUCAGUAAGCUGUCAAAGUGACGUGAUCCGUCAGCGCUGAAAGAACACCAUAGCACACCUCCCCACUGUGUCUUCAGACAGGCGCACCUGCUGGCACACCGCAGUACUGCACACAUCAUAUUCCUGUAUGCAAGCCACGCCCUCACUGCUAUGCAGAGCUUGGAUUGGACAGAUCUUCAUGGGGUUUGCCAGGGCCAUCGGCUUGGCUAACCAGAACUGCUGCAUGAUUCGACGCUAUCAGUGAGGCAUCAAAGUGGGGUAAAGCCUAGAGCCUUGACCCUCUUCAAACUACUGAAGGAAACUAGUUUGAUCCUAGUAGAGUCUUCCUGACCUUUCUUCACAGAUGCUGCGGUUCAUCAUGGUAAUUCUGGAGUCAAUUUAUUGCUGUUGUGCUGUAUAUCGUGAUACUUUAUCAAACAAGUGGGUUCCAGAUAUUCUAUGCUUUGUAUGAAAACCAUGCAUAUUUGUAUAGGGUUAAGUCUAUGUAAGUGAUAUACUGUCUCUUGCAUGCAUGUGCUGAAUUUGGACCAUAUAGGUAAUUUUCUAUGCAGACCAACCUCCUAUCGCUACAGAUUCCAGAUUCUACUGAUCUUUCUGCGAGCUGGACUACUGUUCAGAGGACACUGGCUUAACCACUGGGACCCCAGUUCACUGAUUGUAGGCAUCACAGCACUUUGGUGUCAAACCCUCAUUUCCAAAUGCUCAUGUUUGUCUAUGUGAUUAAUAAUGGCCAUCACUAUUCGAACAUGCUUGGAAAAACGACCUGCCUUGUUUGUUUGUCAUGCACAGUCACACAUACGGCAUUGUUUUGAGUCAAUUACCUUUGCAAAUACUGUUGAGCAAGCUGUUGUAAGAUUUUUUUUGUCGGAUAUGUUUGUUAAAUAUAAGUACAUUUUAAGGUGAAUUUGCAUUGAACCCUUGUAAGUUAUUGGAUUAUAUAUCUAAAAAAAAUGAUAUACUGUUAUUCUUUGCUCUAGUUAAUUCAGAUGAGAUCAAUUCCUGUAGCACCAAUGUUUGCCUCUUAUCUGUUGUCCCCUGGACUAUCACAGACUACAAGAGGGAUAAACUGCUUCAUCUAC